AUGGCCGAGCUCCCCAGCCUCGCGCCCCAGGGCGGCGCGGGGCUCUCGGCGCCAGAAGCCGGUUCCGCCGUGCCGUUCACCGACGCGCAGGUCGACGAGUUUAGGGAGCAGGACAGGUGGUUGCCGGUGAGUGUUUGCAAGACUGCAGAGAGGAGAGACCGUUUAGAGUCCCUUUGUUUUUCCGAGGUCCGAGUUUCCGGGCAAGGCAACUUCCAGUCCGCCUCGUGCAUUCCUCGCGAGCAGCUGGGCUUGCCCAUCGUCCUCGGAUCGCAGGUGGUACUCUGCCAAGAUGAAAGCGAGACCACCAGCACCACGCCGCUCGCGACUACAAUGGAUGGGCAGCCCCGCAUCGCCAACGUCUCGCGUAUCAUGAAAAACUCGCUCCCUACCACGGCCAAGGUCUCCAAAGAGGCCAAGGAGAAUGCCACUGGCGAGGGUCCGAGGGAGAUGGUUACCGCUGUCAAGCACAUUGCGGCUGUACAGCCACCUCCGACCCUCUCAGUAGCCGUGUCCCACCCGCUGAAGCCACUCGCGCACCGUUUUUCAGCAACAUCCGAGGCGGCCGAAAAGUGCCUGAACGAAAAGCGCAAGACCAUCAACGGCGAGGACAUUCUGACCUCGAUGCGCGCGCUGGGCUUUGACAACUAUGAAGGUGUCCUCAAGGUGUAUCUCGCAAAGUAUCGCGAGCACCAGAUCCACCAGGCUCGCCAGCGCCAGAACCAGCCGCAGCAGCUCGACGACGACAGCGUGGACCUCAAGCGCGGUGCCGAGGACGACGAUGGCGAGGCAAGGAGGAAAAAGGCCAGGCCUGCAAAGCGCCGUGACGAGUGA